CGUGGGCGUGCUUUUCGCUUUUAAGAAGUUUGCGAAGUUGCGGCACAUCCUGGACGGCCAGCACGUUCCUUUGAAUUUCACGGUCCUCGCGUCUGGGGCGAGCUUCGCAGAGCUCCGCGUCGACGGCGGGAAUCCCAUCGCGGCCGCCGAUGUUGACCUGGCCGACGCCUUCAACGCGAUGCUGCAGCCGCCUGCGUUUCGGCGGUGCUUCGCGUUGCCUGGGAUCCGCGCGGGCCAGCUGGGGCUCGACUGCACCGCGGACGGCCGACAGCUCGGCGUGGCGGGCGUGGUCUACCCAUGCUUCAGGCGCCCGCCCAUGGGCCGUCUGUUCGGCCUCUGGAUCUUCCGGACAAUGCUGGAGGCGAUGGCCCUACAUGCGCCCGGCCUCACCGUUGCCCACCGCGUCGUGGAUCGACGCCCUGUGGCCCGAGUGACGGGCGACGUGGUCCACGCCGAGCACGUGGGCAACGCUCUCAGCUUGUCGACCAUCCCCGAGGUGGCCCGCGGCAGUGGUUUUAGGGCCCCGGCGCUGGGCUGGCAGUUCGACGAGCAGUUCCCGAUCAUCGGCCUGAACCCAGCUUCGAGGUGGAAGCUGAGGCUCGCCUUCUUGGAGCUGUGUCGGAAGGGUUCCGCCUCGGGCAACAGGAUCGCCCGGUUCGUCUCGCACUUCGCGUCGCCGGCUCCGAUCCGCCACGAGCUCCUGUCCAGCCUCAACGAAAAUGUCAUCGCCGGAGUCGCUCUCGGCCUGUCCCGAUACAUCGAGAGGUGGAUAUUCAAUGCUGAUGACGAGGUUGAGGUAUCACAUCGAGCACGCGCUCUGAAGUCUGCGAAGUCCGCCGCGCUCUUCAUCCCGGAGUCGAACCCUGGCCUGCACUGCAAUCCCAGGAAGCUUCAGAAGGUGGGGGAGAUGGGCCUGGGCCUGGACAUCACCCCCGAAACGAUGCUCGAG